CAGUGUCCCGGAGCAUGCGUAGUCGCGUUGCCGACCGAACCUCUUUGCGCGUGCGUCAAGAUGGCGGCCCCCAUAUUGAGUACGCUGCUGAGGCGCCUUUCUAUCGUUUCGCCCUUCAGAGGUACCUUCGGAGUUCAGGUUACCCACAAAAAUCUCUGUACCAAAGCGCCCCCUGAGGAAGAUACGCCUCAGGUUCCCAUUUCCCCUUAUCAAGAUGAACCUUGGAAAUACCUGGAUUCAGAAGAAUACCAGAGCCGCUAUGGCUCUAAUCCAGUCUGGGCAGACUACCGACGCAACCACAAAGGCGGGCUACCUCAACAGAGGACCAGAAAGAUGUGUAUUAGAAGGAAUAAGAUUGCUGGGAACCCCUGCCCCAUCUGCCGGGAUCAUAAGCUGCAUGUGGACUUUAGGAAUGUGAAGCUCUUGGAACAGUUUGUCUGCGCUCACACUGGCAUCAUCUUCCAUGCUCCUUACACAGGAGUCUGUAUGAAGCAGCACAAGAAGUUGACUCAGGCCAUCCAGAAAGCCCGGGAUCAUGGUCUUCUCCAUUACCACAUUCCCCAUGUUGAACCCCGGGACCUUGACUUCAGUAACUCUCAUGGAGCUGUUAGUACCACUCCACCAGCACCCACCCUGGUUUCAGGUGACCCGUGGUACCCGUGGUACAGCUGGAAGCAGCCACCAGAGAAAGAGCUGUCCCGCCUUCGCCGGCAGUAUCAGGGCCAGCUCCGGGAAGAGAGUGGUCCCCCUCCUGAGUCAAUGCCACAGGUGCCCGUUGCAUCCCCAGCUGAAGCUUCCACAACUGAGCAGGCAGGCCCUCAGAGUGCCUAGUAGGCACUAUCAAGUGAGGGAAGAUAACGGGCUUAGAUGAUGCCUACGAAUUCCUUAAUGAGAAUCACUGAGUCCCGUUCUGUGACAUAUAGCAUGGCUGGGCCAGAGAAAGGCAAAGAUUGUUGGUGAAGUGGAUAAAUCCAUCUGCUGUGGAGGGAGGGCAGAAGGGUAGGAGCCCCCAGACCCUGUAUGUUGUAAAUAGUCUAAAUAAACAC